AUGUCGGAACUGACUGCAAUCAGACUACCUUCAUCACUUCCUUAUCCCGUGAUCAUAUCGUUGAUAAACUGUCGCCGAGGAGAACAGAUAACCAAACACAAGGAGAUUUUCAGCUACAAAUACUGGACCUACCAAGAUGACCCCAAUUCAAAAGAAGAGCCCCCGAAAAAGGUCCGUGUUGAGUGUAUAGGAACAUUUGAAAGUCCCAUUGAAGGUGAAGUUGAAAGAAUCAAUGUCAAGCCAAACGAAGAAAUCCUCCAUAGCAACAUCGACAUUCUACAAAUCAAAGAAGCAUGCGCUCACACCGUGCAGUACGGCGGUCUCUGUGCCUUGUGCGGCAAGGCAUUGGAUGAAGAAAAAGACUACUCUGGCUACGACUACGAGGAGCGAGCCACGAUUGCCAUGUCGCACGAUAGCACGGAGUUGAAGAUAAGCUACGAUGAAGCAGCCAAGAUUGAGUCCAAGACCACCGAUCGUUUGAUUGAAGAGCAAAAAUUGAUUCUUGUGGUGGACUUGGACCAAACGGUGAUACACGCCACGGUUGAUCCAACGGUGGGGGAGUGGCAACUGGACCCCGCCAAUCCAAACUACCCUGCGGUUAAAGAUGUCAAGACUUUUUGUUUAGAAGAAGACCCCGUUGUGCCACCAGGGUGGACUGGUCCAAGAUUGCCUCCUACUAGAUGCUGGUACUAUGUCAAGUUGCGUCCCGGAUUACAGGAGUUUUUGCGCAAGAUGGAUGAAAAAUACGAAAUGCACAUAUAUACCAUGGCGACUAGAAAUUAUGCAUUGGCGAUUGCCAAUAUCAUAGAUCCAGAUGGGAAAUAUUUCGGCGAUCGGAUAUUGAGUCGAGAUGAGAGUGGAUCGUUGACGCAUAAGAAUUUGAAGAGAUUGUUCCCCGUUGACCAGUCGAUGGUUGCAAUUAUUGAUGAUAGAGGCGAUGUGUGGCAGUGGGAAAGAAACUUGAUCAAGGUUGUGCCUUAUGAUUUUUUCGUGGGCAUUGGUGAUAUAAAUUCCAUGUAUUUACCGAAAAAGAAGGGACAAUUGACGGGACCCAUUAAGAAAAGGAAGGCCAUUGCGAAGUUGGAAGCUGCCGCUGAGUCCAAGAUCGAAGAAGAAGAAGAAAAAGAAAAAGAAAAGGAAAAUGACGCUAAACGAGGGGGAGGAGGGCAAGGUGGUGGUGAUAAUGAUGGUAAUGGUGCCAGCAGUGAUUCUUCAAUUGAGGCAGCAUCAACCCCGAUUGAUGCCAAGCAUGACAUUUCAGCCAACCCCGUUGAGAGAAUUCUUGAACUUGGAGGUGGCGAGGGCAAUACCAAUCUUCUACUAGAGCAAUCACGUUCGCGAAACCAGACGAUUGAACAGCAGCAGCACGAUCGACCUUUGGCUAAACUACAGCACGACUUGAUCCAGAUGCAUCAUAUAGAGACCAAAUCUGUUGACUCGCAAUCUGAUGAUGGCGAUGACAGUGACGACGACGAUAAUUUAUUACUUGAUGACGAUAAUGAGCUUUUGGCGUUGGAUAAAAUACUACAGGAUGUACAUCGUGAAUACUACCACCGGUAUAAGCUGAGCAAAGACAAGCCCAAUUUGACCGAAGUGAUACCUCAAAUGAAAAGCAAAUGCUUGACGGGAAUCACCAUAUUAUUCUCAGGCAUCAUACCGCGAGAUAUAAAUAUAGAAAAUGCUGAUAUUGUGAUAUGGUGUAAGCAGUUUGGAGUUCAAGUUGUCAAUGAGGUGUUUCCCGAAGUUACCCAUGUUGUGUGUCGAGAUAUCAGUGAAGACUCGGGGCCUACAUUUAAAGCAAGGGCUGCCAAUAGAUUAUAUGGAGACCGAAUUAAAAUAGUCAACCCAGACUGGUUAUUCUCCUGUCUAAGCUCUUGGAAAAAGCAGGAUGAAAAGGAUUAUUUGGUGAAUACAAGCGAUGCUAAACUUUGGAAUGUUAAAGAGAGCGAUGUUAAUGUGUAUGCAAAGAAGUUGGAAGAGAUCAAGGCGGCUAGGGAGGCAAUGAGUGAAAAUCGCGGAAGGCUGGGGUCGAUGGAAACACUUGAUGAUUACGAUUUGGAUGAAGCUAAUCAAGAAAUUGACGAGUUUCUAGCUGGCUUGAGUGAUGAUGAAGAUGAAGAAGACCAGGAGGGAGACCAAGACCAAGACCAAGACCAGGAGGAGGAUCAAAAUGGACAGAAACGAAGUUUAGAAGAUGCUGACGAAGAUGAAGAUGAAGAACUCCAAGGAAGACAAACUGCAAAUGGACACGAUUCUUUCAUCAAAGAAAUGUACAAGAAAAGGAAAAAACUUGCCCUGGAUCACAAUCAUGAUAUUUAUGAAGAUGAGGAUGAGAAAGAAACCGAUGCUCAAGAAACCCCCAAAGCUGUACAAGACGAUGAUGUUGGUGGAGAGUUGAAUGAUUUGGAACAAGAACUACUCGACGGUUUCAACGAUUUGGAAGACUGA